AUGUCCUCGUCACCAGCGACAUCCAGCCCCUUCCGGGUAGUCGAGCACACGGUCGAAUGCCAACAUAUACGAGAGUAUCCCGCGGCCACCGCCAACGAGCAAGAGGACAUUCUAAACCUUGCAGUAAAACAGUACAUCCCACUGGACAACCCCAACCCCCAGCCGGGAGACGUCACAAUCCUUGCCGCACAUGCCAAUGGCUUCCCCAAGGAACUGUACGAGCCCCUGUGGGAAGAGAUUUACGCACGCUCCAAAGCCAAUGGCUUUCGCAUCCGGAGCAUCUGGAUGGCAGAUGUAGCCCACCAGGGCCAGAGCAGUGUGCUCAACGAGGACCUUCUCGGAAAUGACCCGAGCUGGUUCGACCACCCCCGAGAUCUCCUGCACCUCCUCAACGUCAAGCGCAAGGAGAUGCUACGACCCAUCGUGGGUGUAGGCCAUAGCAUGGGCGGCGCACACCUAACCCAACUAUGUCUCAUGCACCCGCGCCUCAUCCACACCCUCAUCCUCCUAGACCCAGUCAUCCAGCGCGAAUCCACGCAACUCGACCACCUGGAAAUGGCGCACCACCACCGCGAGACGAUCGCCAAAACCACGCAACUCUCCACCUACCGGCGGGAGGUGUGGCCCUCGCGCGCAGCCGCCGCAGCGAGCUUCCAGCGCAGCCCCUUCUACCAAGCGUGGGACCCGCGCGUGCUGGCCCGGUGGAUCGAGCACGGUCUGCGCGACCUUCCCACCGCGAUCCACCCGUCGGACCCCCCAAAGGAUGAUGCCGACGACGACAAAACCCGCCCCGUCACCCUCAAAACCACCCUCCACCAAGAAGUCUUCACGUUCUCGCGGCCCAACUACGACGGACCGCCCGGCCGAGAAGUCCCCGUGGACCGGACGACGCACCCGGACCUGAACCCGGAGCAUUUGGGGUCGUGGCCGUUCUACCGCCCGGAGCCGUCGCGGGUGUUCGCGAUGCUGCCGCAUCUCCGGCCGAGUGUUUGUUACGUCUUCGCGGGGAAGUCGGAUAUGUGUUUGCCGGAGAUGAUGGCGGAUAAGCUGAGGGCGACGGGGACGGGGCUCGGCGGGAGUGGAGGGGUGGCGGCGGGCCGGGUGCGCGAUGUCUACCUGAAGGACUUUGGGCAUCUGCUGGCCCAGGAGGCGCCGGGGCAGUGCGCCGAGGCGGCGAGUGAGUGGCUCGGCGGCGAGCUGAAGCGGUGGCGGGCUGAGGAGGAGGCCUUCCGGGAGCGGUGGCAUAAGAAGUCGAAGAUUGAGAAGGUCACCAUCGAUGCUCGGUGGAAGGAGCAUGUUCCCAGGGCGGAGAGGCCCAAGAAGGCUGCUCCCGAGUCGAAGUUGUAA